AUGUGCGGCGGUCUGUCGGCUUCCGUACAGCCGUCCGAUGAGGACAAGCAGCGCCUCACGCCGGUUGUAAAGGAUUACAUAACUCAACAGAUCGGUCAAGAACCAUCUGACGUUAAGAUAACAGAAGUCAGUCGUCAACUUGUUAAUGGAAUCAACCAUUUUCUCAAGGUAGAACAUGGUGGUAACGUUUGGCAUAUUCGAGUUCAUGAAGCUUUGCCUUGCUACGGGGGUAAAAUGGAGGUGCACAGUCACAAGGUCGCUGCUUCUGGAGACCCACUGACUUACUUUUAA